AUGGGUCCUCCAAGAAGAAAGGUGCUUGCUACAGCUGAAGAGACGUUGUUCCCGCCUGAUGAGCUUGCUCAAGGACAACUAAUUGGCCGAGUCAUUAAAGCCACUGGGAACAAUGUCUACCUGGUCGAAUAUCCUUCAAAGGCCAGAGCGUUGGUAGAAUUGCCUGCCCGGUUCCGAUCCACAAUCUGGAUCAAGCGGGGUUCCUAUGUCGUGGUAGACACGAAUGCGUUAGAGGAUAGAGACAAUAAGCUCGGUGGAGAAAUUAUCAACAUCGUCAGGGAUGAAAAGGCCUGGCGCAAAGCUCCUUUUUGGCCAAAAGAGUUCGUCAAGCAACCAACCGCCGUGGAAUCAUCUGAUGAGGAAGGCGAAUCGAAUGUGGGCAAGAUGCCUUCAUCAGACGAGUCGGAUGCGUGA